AUGGCGACGGCUUCAGCUCUGGGCCAGGUGUCCGACCCACAGACUCGACUAGGCGAGAGCGCAGUUUCUACCCGUGACGGCGACGGUAUCAAACCCCCAUCGAUGGACUCACGGCACUCCACCGUGCAAGAGCUCGCCAAGCAGCUCUCGCGCAGCAGCGCCGAUGCCAUCGACUUGGACGGCAAGCCCAUUUUCGGCAGCGACAAUCCAGAAUCGCCCCUCAACCCAUCGGGCAACAAGUUCAACGCGCGGGCCUGGGCCCAGAACGUCGCCAAGGUCGCGAGAGAGAGCGGCCUGGACUUCCGCCGUACGGGCUUGUGCUUUCAGAACCUGAACGUCUUCGGAUACGGGACGGCCGCUGACUUCCAGAAAGAUGUGACAAACAUCUGGCUGGCGUUACCGGGUAUCAUUGCGCGCCAGCUCAUGCCCGGCUCCAGCAUGUCAGGCCGCACGCGCCUCGAUGUUUUGCACCAGUUCGAUGGGAUACUCCGCCCUGGCGAGAUGUGUGUGGUUUUGGGCCCGCCGGGCUCGGGCUGCUCGACGUUCCUGAAGACCAUCUCUGGUGAUCGCAACGGCCUUCACGUCGGCGAGAACAGCUACUUCAACUAUCAGGGCAUCUCGGACAAGGAAAUGCACACUGCGCACCGGGGCGACGCCAUCUACACUGCUGAGGCCGACGUCCAUUUCCCAAACUUGACGGUGGGCGAGACAUUGUCUUUUGCUUCAAUGGCCCGUUGCCAGAAGGAGCUGCCGGAGGGCAUAUCGCGCGAUCAGUACUGCAAGCAUCUUCGUGAUGUUGUCAUGGCCAUGUAUGGCAUCAGUCACACUGCUCACACCAAGGUGGGAGAUGAGUAUAUCCGAGGCGUCUCCGGAGGAGAGCGCAAGCGUGUCACAAUUGCCGAAGCUACACUGUCAAACGCCCCCUUCCAAUGCUGGGACAACUCGACUCGGGGUCUGGAUGCAGCCAAUGCAGUGGAAUUUUGCAAGACGCUACGCCUCCAGUCCGAGCUCUUUCACCAGACCUGCGCCGUCUCCAUGUAUCAAGCCCCCCAGAGCGCCUACGAUCUUUUCGACAAGGCCACGGUCCUUUAUCAAGGUCGUCAGAUCUACUUCGGUCCAGCCUCCCAGGCCAAAGCGUACUUCGAGCGUCUAGGCUUUGCGUGCCCUCCGCGGCAAACCACGCCCGACUUCCUCACCUCCAUGACAUUUCCUGCCGAGCGCGUCUCCCGCCCGGGAUGCCACCCACCACGUACGGCCGACGAGUUUGCCGCCGCCUGGCGAUCGAGUGCUGAGUACAAGGCCCUCCAGGCUGAGAUCGAGGAGUAUAAGGAGCAGCACCCCGUCGGCGGUCCCGACGCUCUGGCCUACCGCCAGCUCAAAGCAGCGCACCAGGCCAAAGGUCAGCGACUCAACUCACCCUAUACCCUGACGUACAUGCAACAGGUGCAGCUAUGCAUGUGGCGCGGUUGGCGGCGGUUCUGGGCGGAUCCUGGCCCGACUUUGUGGGUCAUGUUUGGGAACGUUAUGCUGGCGCUCAUCAUGUCGUCGCUGUUCUUCAACCUGCAGCAGACCACGGCAUCGUUUUACGGGCGCGCGGUGGUGCUGUUUAUGGCGAUCUUGUUCAAUGCCUUUGCAUCGAUCUUGGAGGUUAUGACGCUAUACGCCCAGCGGCCCAUCGUGGAGAAGCAGACCCGCUACGCGUUCUACCACCCCUCGGCUGAGUCGUAUGCCUCUGUCCUGGUGGAUUUGCCGGUCAAGAUCACGAGUUGUAUUUCGUUCAACCUGGUCUUCUACUUUAUGACCAACUUAAAUCGACAUCCGGGCAACUUCUUUUUCUACUUGAUGGUGGUCUUUCUGAUUGUACUGGCCAUGUCUGGCAUCUUCAGAUUUAUCGGCGCGCUGUCCCGUACCGAAGGACAAGCCAUGGUUCCCGCCUCCAUCCUCAUGCUUGCCCUGCUUAUCUUCACCGGCUUUGUGGUCCCCGUCAACUAUAUGCUUCCUUGGUGCCGCUGGAUCAAUUACGUCAACCCGGUAGCUUACGGCUAUGAGGCGAUCAUGGUUAACGAGUACCACGCCCGCAACUUCACUUGCUCGUCCUAUCUCCCCUCGUACGGGACGCCUGGGACCGUGAAUGUGGCGUGCGACGCCGUGGGUGCCGUGCCAGGUCAUAUGUAUGUCAAUGGCGACACGUACAUCAACUCGGCGUAUAGCUACCAACACUCUCACAAGUGGCGAAACGUGGGGAUCAUCAUCGCCAUGACUCUCUUCAAUCACUUGAUGUACUUCCUUGCCAGCGAGUACGUCUCAGCCAAGAAGUCCAAGGGUGAGAUCCUCGUGUUUCGUCGGGGCCAUAUGCCCAAAUAUGCCAACAAGGGCGCCGGGGACCUCGAAGCUCGCCCGGUGUCCGGGCCCGUCACGACAAUCUUGGAGAAACGCGGUGGGUAUGAGCCCAGUCAGGAGAAACAGGGCAUCCAGGUAUCGACGAAUGUGUUCCAUUGGAAUAACGUGUGUUAUGAUAUCAAAAUCAAGAAGGAGUUGCGGCGUAUCCUGGAUAACGUCGACGGCUGGGUAAAGCCUGGUACGCUAACGGCACUUAUGGGUGUCUCGGGUGCUGGCAAGACCACAUUGCUGGAUUGUCUAGCUGACCGCCGCAUCGGUGUCGGUGUCCUGACUGGUGAGAUACUAGUCGAUGGGAGGCUUCGUGACGAGAGCUUUCAGCGCAAGACCGGUUAUGCACAGCAGCAGGACUUGCAUCUUGAGACGAGUACUGUUCGUGAGGCUUUGAACUUCUCAGCCCUUCUCCGCCAGCCGCACCACGUGCCCAAGGUCGAAAAGCUCGCGCACGUGGACGAAGUUAUACGACUGCUCGACAUGGAGGAUUACGCUGACGCCAUCGUUGGUGUCCUCGGCGAAGGUCUUAACGUUGAGCAACGCAAACGCCUGACCAUUGGCGUCGAACUAGCUGCGAAGCCACCGCUACUCCUCUUUAUAGACGAACCGACGUCCGGUCUAGACUCCCAAACCAGUUGGGCUGUCCUAGACUUGCUUGAAAAGCUAUCUCAAGCGGGCCAGUCGAUCCUCUGUACUAUACACCAACCUUCGGCGAUGCUGUUCCAGCGCUUCGAUCGCCUGCUCUUGCUUGCCAAUGGAGGCAGGACGGUUUAUUUCGGUGACACCGGCGACAAUUCCAACACCCUUGUCGAAUAUUUCGAACGCAACGGUGCUCAGAGUUGCCCGGCGAGUGCCAAUCCAGCCGAAUGGAUGCUCGAAACCAUCGGUGCCAGCCCGGGCAGCUCGUCCGGGGUCGACUGGCACGAGAUCUGGCGCUCCAGCCCCGAGUUCGUGCAAGUUAAAGCCGAGCUAGCUCGCCUCCGACACCAGAGCUCCGAAGUUGGCCAAUCGACCUCGGCACAAGAAAGCGACGGGAUGCAGCACGACGAAUUCGCGGUUCCGCUGUCGACGCAGUUCUGGGUCGUGACGAAGCGCGUCUUCCAGCAGGGCUGGCGGACACCCUCGUACAUAUACUCUAAGAUGGCGCUCUGUGGAGCCACGAGUCUCUUUAUUGGCCUAGUCUUCCUCGACUCGCCGAUCAGCAUCCAGGGGAUGCAGAACCAGAUGUUUGCGAUCUUCGAGCUCAUGAGCAUCGUGGGCCAACUGGUCGACCAACAACUUCCGCACUUCAUGACCCAGCGCGCUCUGUACGAAGUGCGCGAGCGACCGGCGAAAACGUACAGCUGGAAAGUCUUCAUGAUGGCCCAGAUCCUCUCCGAGAUGCCCUACUGCACCAUCGCCUCAUUGCUCAUGUGGGCCCUCGUCUACUUCCCCGUGGGCUUCUACAAGAACGCCGCGGCGGCCGACCAAAGCGUCGAGCGCGGCAUCCUCAUGUGGCUGCUGUUCCUGGUGUUUUUGGUCUGGGGGUCGACCUUUGCGCACCUGUGCAUCUCGUUCGUGUCGUCGACCGACGCCGCAGGCAAUCUGGCCAACUUUCUGUUCGUGCUAGCCUUCUUCUUCUGCGGCGUUCUGGCUUCGCCCGACCAGAUGCCGGGCUUCUGGAUCUUCCUGUACCGCGCAUCGCCGUUGUCGUACUUUGUGUCCGCCGUCUUGUCCACCGGUCUCGCCAAUGUCCAUGUGACCUGUGCGGAGAACGAGUUCACCACGCUCGACCCGCCCAGCGGCCAGACGUGCGCCGAUUAUAUGCGCCAGUACAUCGCCGACGCGGGCGGCUACCUGCUGGACGGCAACGCCACGAGCGACUGCCACUACUGCAAGAUCAAGGAGACGAACGCAUAUCUGUCUGUUCUUCAUGUAGAUUAUAGCACGCGCUGGCGCGACUUCGCCAUCAUGUGGGUCUAUGUGGUGUUCAACAUUGCUGCGGCCAUGUUGCUGUACUGGGUGGCCAGGAUGCCCAAGGGGAAGAGAAUCCUCUGA